UACUCUCUCUGAUCCACUGGGGGCGCGAUUACCUCUCCGAUCAAUUCAUCACGGUUUAUUCAAAUUAUGUUUACUAAGUCUUAUUUUACAUGUUUACUGUUGGACAGGUGUGCCUUGUAGACUACAUUUCACACAUGUUUUCUAGCUAAAAGAUGUAAAGGUCGUGAAUAUAAUCAGUUUUGAAUCAAGAUGAGAAACCCUAUGCUACUUUUUAAGUUUCGUUUUCGUCGUUUCCGCAAAAACAGCUGCGACUGCUUUAUAGAAGUGUGUGAGUGGGUCAGCAUACCUCCGUACAUCGGUACAGAACACUCUACACAGCAUGAGCAGAAGAAACAGAAAGAAUCGGCUCUCUUGUGCCGAUGUGCGUGCGGUUGGACUUGACUUCAUAGAACUGCUGGAGGAAACAAACAGGAGAUCUAUCACUGACAGAGCCACACUGAAAGACAUCUACAAUCUAGAGUUUCGAGACAGGGAUGGCGUUAAAGACCCAAACUUCUCUACAGUGCUCUUUGCAUUGAGCAAAGGCAACAAGGCGCGCAUCAGAUCAGGACAUGUUUACUUUAACAAUAAUGUCCGGUUAAGGUUGCAUGAUCAGUGGUUUAGAUCUUCUCGCAGACAGCAAAAUCAAGCCACGCCUAGUUUGAGUAAUGGAAAAUUACAACCAUUCUCUAGUGGCCAGGAUGCCUCUGAUCCACCCUCCAAUUCAGGACGAGAGGGUGGAGUCAGAGGAAGGAGGAAACUGGCUAAAUACAUCCUACACCGACUAGACAGUAAAGACAGGUCUGUGUUUAUAGCUGAUAAGCAUGGGGUGCGGGUGUCCUCAGACAGGGAGAUCAUUGAUGGUGAGAUUCAGAUCAAUGUCGACAGUGCAGAGGUUUAUAUGCUGAAGCUGUUUGUUGAGAACACAGGUCAGGAGGCUGUGUAUUUCACCUACUAUACCACUCUCCAAUGGCUGCAGUGUUUCACUCUGGAAGACAGCAAGAAAGUCACACGCAACAAUCCACUCCGUCUGGAACCACGUGAGCAGUAUGAGGUGACUGUGAGAUUCAAAUCCAGUCAUGUGGGAGUUUAUUCAGCUUCUCUAGCGUUUGAGUUUAAGGAGAACACCCAAGCCACCACCCAACCCAUCCACAUUUUGCGCUUCAUUAAAGCAGUGUACACGACUAAGCUUGCAGCCUUACUGGGCCCCACAGAACCAUUCAAACCCCUGAGGCUCAACACCUCUGAACCAGAAAACUGCAUAGUGGAUGAGGGUGUUCCACCUGAUGGUUUUGUUCAGAACAAUCUGGAAAAUGUAGUGUCACUGGGGCAAUACACUCCUCCCCUCCAUAUAUCUGAACUGGCAAAGCUCCUGAAAGAUGACUGCUCUUCCCAGACUCUGAGAGGAAAGUGUCAGGAACUUCAGUCACUAUUGCAGAGUAAGCUGGAGUUCCAUAACUAUGCAGAACGAUUCGAUUUACUGCUGUACCUGGAGGAGUGUCAAAUGCAUGUUGACAUCAAGAGAUAUAACAAAGACAAAGUCACCUUAGUGAGGGACACUGACAAAAGACUAGUGGUCUUAAAUCUCCCUGGUGUAUCGGAGAAUCGGCCAUCAGUUCUGAGGGGAGACCACCUUCUUCUUACCAAAAGUACUGAGGUCAAACUUUCAUCUGUAACCAAAUACAAGGGCUACGUCCACAAAGUGGAAUUGGAUAAGGUCAAACUGGGCCUCUCCAGAAGAUUCCUAGAUAAAAUUUUCAUAAAUAACAUGGAGUUCCGUGUAGAGUUCACGGUUAAUCGUCUCCCGUUAAGACUACAACACAGAGCUGUACACAUGGCGGUCCAGCACAACCUCAAAGAUGUGCUAUUCCCUGUGGGGUCAAGGGACGUGUCCCCUGCACCUCUGCCUUCCCUGAAACUCUUUGAUCGAAAUCUGGAGAGGAACCCUGAACAGUACAGUGCAGUAUGUAACAUCGUGGCCGGUACGUCCAAGCCAGCACCUUACUUGGUGUUUGGGCCUCCUGGCACUGGUAAAACUGUCACACUAGUGGAGGCCAUCAAACAGGUGGAGAAGAUGGUACCUGGUGCCUGUAUCCUUGCAUGUGCUCCCUCUAAUAGUGCUGCUGAUCAACUGUGCGAAAAACUUAUCAGUAGCCAACAUGUUGACUCACAGAAAAUCUACCGACUCUAUGCUAGUACACGCAAUCCUAAAGACAUCCCUACGGCAGUAGUUAAAAACAGUAAUCUGGAUGGUGAUUUAAUUGUUUUUCCAUGUAAAGAGGAUCUAAUGUCUUACAACAUCCUAGUCAGCACUCUGGUCACCGCAGGCAGGCUGGUCAGUGGGGGGAUUCCUCCGGGUCAUUUCACUCAUAUCUUUGUAGAUGAGGCUGGACAUGCUGUGGAGUCAGAGACUGUCAUCAGUGUGGCAGGACUGUUGAAUGCAGAGACUGGACAGCUUGUUUUGGCUGGAGAUCCCUUGCAGUUGGGGCCGAUUCUGAGAUCUCCUCUAGCCAUUAAUCAUGGACUUGGUGUCUCAUUGCUGGAGAGGCUAAUGACACAGAAUGAGCUUUAUAGGACAGAUAACAUGGAAUAUGACAAACGCUACGUCACCAAACUGCUUCUGAACUACAGGUCUCAUCCAUCCAUUCUGCAAGUUCCUAAUGAGUUGUUUUAUGAUGGGGAGUUGAUAUCCUGUGCAAAUGAGAUAAACUCUAACCAAUACUGUACCUGGGAGCACCUGCCCAAAAAAGGAUUUCCUGUGAUUUUCCAUGGAGUGCCUGGGAAGGAUGAGAGAGAGUCAAACAGCCCCUCUUUCUUUAACACCUUUGAAAUAAUUAUCAUCAUUGACUACCUGAAGAAGCUGCUCCUGACACAGGCCAAGAGGGGUAUCUCUAAAAUCUUCCCCAAAGAGAUUGGCAUUAUUGCCCCCUACAGAAAACAGGUGGAGAAGAUCAGACGGGCCAUUGAUGCAGAAGAGGACUUUCAAAAAUGCAUGGGCAUUAAAAAUCUGAAGGUUGGUUCCGUGGAGGAGUUUCAAGGCCAGGAGAGGAAAGUGAUCAUAGUGUCAGCUGUUCGCAGCAGUGGGAAAUUCAUCAGUUUGGAUGAAAUGUUUAACAUUGGGUUUCUCAAGAAUGAGAAGAGAUUUAAUGUGGCUGUGACAAGAGCAAAAGCCCUGUUCAUCAUGGUGGGAAACCCCAUCAUUCUACGGACAGAUAAAAGCUGGGGCAGGUUUAUUGAUUUCUGCACUGAGCAGGGCGGUUACACUGGAUUUAAUUUUUCCAGCGUGGAGAGAAUAGAGGAGGUUGAAGAGCGUUUGCUUGCUCUUAACAUCCAGGAGGAAAAGGUGGAAACAGAGGAGAGUGCGAUCCAACAAUAUCUGAAUCCUGAGUGGAGACACGAGCACUAAAUAAAGAUCCAUCCAGCUCAAGCCUCUCCCUCGUUCAGUUGUGAAGGCACUGAUCAAGGAGUCGUCCAUUUAUAUGGCUGUCCCAAUAACAAAAUAGACGCAGUGAACUGAAACGUUCGCUCCCAAAAAAAUCUCCAGAACUCACUAUAAAACAGGGAGCAUCGAUGCUCACCAUGUCUCCUUACCGGAAACGUCGUCAGGUAUUCUGAAGCCUUUCAAGUCGUUAAAAGACAAGCACAAGUGUAAAACUAUGAAGUCAAAGACGUAUUUUCUCUUUAAAAUGUAUGUUGUUUGUAAUGUAUUAACAAAUGUGAUGUUGAUUAAUACCAGCAGAGGCACCCUUGCCAGUGGUCGAAAUCGCGUUCAGGAUAUAUUGAUACAGGGAGCUGAUUGAGACACACAUAGACUCUAAGCAGAAGUUUGAUUUUAAAGAUAUCACCCACAUUAAAUCAAAUACUAAUAUGUAAAUAUUACAUAAAUCUCAGGCAUAGAGUGUGUGAAAUCUGGAUGUAUGACAAUGGUUUCAUUAGAUUAAGAAAAAUACAUAAGCCCUCAAAAUGAAAUGGAUAUGAGCACAUGGUUGAUAAAUCUGCUCGUUAUUCUUAUACAUUGACAUUAAAACAACUUUUUAAUUUUGUGUGUGAAAAAUCAUCAUGGAAUGUGGCCAAAAAUGACAAAUGGGUUUUGACAUUUACAUUCCUGUUGUUUUGGGUUGUACACCUGGUGCAUAAUGGGAAAUAUUAUAUGUCCAACCACAACUGAAAAUGCAAAUGUUAAUAUACACUUUCACUGAUUCAUAAUUUCUUGACAAAAUAGUUUAAAAAUAAAACCAGCAUCUUUCUUGAUGUGUGAUUGUA